AUGGAAAAGUACCAAGAAGUAUUAGAUAUUCUUGGUGAUGAAAAUCCAUUUCUUGAUAGAGAUUAUAGUUCUGACAAAAACACAGAAGGGAUCAGUCUUGAAGCAUCCAUUUGCUAUCUACGUGGGGUUGCAUACUCUCAACAGUCUGACCUCGAUAACGCUAAAAAGUGGUUUAAAAAAGCGUUGGAAAUAGAUGUUAAAUGUUUUGAGGCAUUUAAUGAACUAGUCAUAAAUCACAUGAUGACAAGUAAGGAAGAAUGGGAUUUCAUUCACUCAUUAAAAUUCGAUGAACAAUUAGAAUGUGAGGAGGCCCAUUUUAUCAAAAUGAAUUACAUAUCAAUGCUGAAAAAGUAUGAACACAUAACAGAAAUUCAAGAAGCAAGAUCUGAGUUAGAGAAUAAAUUUCGACUAUCAAACAAUGCAGAUAUAUUAUUAAGUCAUGCAGAUGAAUUAUAUACUCAAUGUCGAUUCAAAGAAUGCCUUGAAGUCACGACUAA